GGGGAGUUUACCCAAAUCUCUCUCUUAUCUUUCUAUUACAACGAAAAUUGGCCAUGGAUGAACCCCGGGAAGAACCCGAAGAGAGAAAGCGAGCCUUUACUUGCACAUACUGCCGGCUUAAAAAGAUCAAAUGUGGUCGAACUCAUCCAUGUGGGAAUUGUAUAGAUCACGGGAAAGAAUGUAUCUUCCCAUUUGUAAAACGAAGGGUUCGGUCGAAGCGCCACAGACCCAGGAAAGACUUGGAAGAAAAACUUGCGCGAAUGGAAUCUCUCAUUGAGCUCUCUAACAGAGAAAGUCCUCCAAGCAGUGAACAGGAUGCUACAAGUUUCGUUCAUGAAGAGCAGCAGUCUCAACUUCCAAAUCCUGCAGAAGCCACCGGGUUGGAAAAAUCUGGUGCUAUCCCACAUGAUCCCGUGAGAAAUGAGGAUCAGAUUGAUGAUAUGGAAUUUGAGUUACCAGAGAGUAAUCAAAAUAUCUGCUCUCCCACGACGCAAGAGACGGCACAGAUGUUUGCGCCGACCUCCUCCAUGGCACAGCCACAAAUUCUCGGUCAUCACACAUCACCCCAGACGGUUCAGAACUUUUCGCCUCAUGUUGAACAUGUCGAAUGUGCCGAUCUUUUAGGUUCUGAGGUUGGGUGGGAAUAUCAUGGGCCCACGUCAUAUUUGUCAAUAUGCUCGAUCCCAGGAAUUACGUGGGUCUCAGAAGCUUCGGGAGAGCCGAGUUUCUUCGAGACCGCCAAGACCCUUGUGCUCAAUGUUGACUCGCGACUGAAGAUGCGACGCAAUCCUCGCCAUGAAACCAUUGAUGAGCCUGAUAAAGACGUCGCAUGGGAAUGGUGCCAAGCAUAUUUUGAUCAUUCUUUCGAUGCUAGCCUUGGUCUGGUGUCUAAAGAACACUUUGAAGCGCGUCUUCGGCGUCACUUCGCUCAAAACGAUGUAGUUGAUGAUGAUCCAGCUUGGUAUGCUCUGCGAAACACAGUUUACGCAUCUGGCUGUAGACUCAGCUCAUCUAAUACGCCAUACUCAUAUAUGUCUGGCGAAAUUCAGGGGCAGGCUUGGCGAUACUUUGAAAAGGCCUUGGACGUCCACACUGAGCUUUUAUACGGAAGCACGGGUCUUAUGGCUGUGCAAGCAUUAACAGCAAUGGGAUUCUUUGCUGAAGGCCUUGGAAGCCCCUCUCUUGGGUACAUGCUUACUUCAUGUGCAACGCGGUUGGCUCAGGCGAAAGGUCUCCACAGGCAACCUGCACAGUCUUGGAAUCUACCACUAGCUGAACAACAGCAUCGAAUUGGGCUGUUUUGGACUCUCUAUAUCAUCGAGAAGCAUAUAUGUUAUCGGUCAGGCCGACCAUCUAUCAUUGACGACGACGACAUUAGUUGCCCCUUCCCAAACUCACAGCUUGCUAACAAUACCUCACACAUUGAUCCUUUUAUUUACAUAGUACAGCAUGCUCAAAUCUCUUCUCGAAUCGCAAAGCAGCUUGCAAGUGGAAAGUCAUUCCGUCAAACACACACCAAAACCCUGGAAGUAAUCCAAGAGCUCAACAAAGAGCUCCAAGAAUGGCGGGACACUCUUCCACAAUUCUUACAACCAGAUGCACCUACCAGGAGACAUGGAAAGCGCCCAGACAAUAUCAAUAUGUACCAUGUCAUGUAUCUUCGCUAUGCUUACUAUGGCAGCAUCAUGGCAAUCCAUUCAAUUCUCACGCACCCCUGGAACAGCUCUCUAUUUGGCUCUGGUCAAUCGUUGGCGCUACGAAAUCGCAUUUCAAUAAGUUCACAUGCUGUUGUCAACGCAGCUAGGGCAAUAAUUCUAGAUACCGACGCGAUCCACGUCGAUGCAUCGACACCUAUAUGUCUAGCACUUUACUUCCCUCUUGUCAGCGCUAUCAACGUCUUUAUCUAUAUCCUGAAAUAUCCUUCUCUCCCAACAGCAUCGUCUGAUGUGGCCCUGCUAGACAUCUGCACCGGCCACUUCAGCCGCCUAGAGUUAGCAUCUCCAAACACCGCUUUGCCAUUCGUCAGGGAAAUUGCGAGACUAGCCCGCUCAACUGUCGAAUCUAUAAAGGACUCAGCAACAUCUCCAAGUUCUUUACUAAGGACAAACAUCUCGGCGCCUUCGGUUGCGCAGUCCUCGGUUCCACACGAUUUAGGGAAUAACUCUUCACCGGGCGAAGAUAUAUUGGAGUUAUUUUCCGAUAAUUGGGGUACAAUGUCUUCAUCUCUCAACGAUGAAAAUCUCGCCGCCUUCACUUUCGACUAACAGUAGACUACGCAUAGCAUCUGCGGUGCAUAAAUUAAAUCGUAUCAGAAAUGUUAAUGAUCA